AUGAUUGUCUCUCAAGCAAUCAGCCCCGACGCAACAACAGAGGCCGGCAGCUCUGAUGGCCGCGACGAUCAAGCGCGACACGGUCCACCAAACGGCCCAACGGUCUCUUCCGUGGUAGCACCAGCUUUGCUUUCCGAUACUCGCGAGCCAGCGCACAGUCCCUGGCCGCGUGGUCCAAGUGCAUAUCGACCCUGGGUCAUUGUCUUUGUGCCCGUUUCCGCCGUCAUCGCCAGCUCUGGCUACACACGUACCGUGGGCCAAGUCCGACCAACGUCGGCAAGGCUUUCGGUGUACUGUCGUAGCAUGUCCAUAGCUAAGGGCCGCGCUGGAAAGGGUUACUGGCGGCGCCUUGAUCGGCACUUGUUCUUCUACCGGUCGCCCAGCCCCGCGCUCAUGGCGGGAGAUCCAGCAGCGAGGAUCUCCAGAAUAGAAGGCUCGGGCCCCCGCUGA